AUGGAAGAGGUUGAAGAUGCUAAUAGGGAAGCUGUUGAGAGUGUUCAUAAAGUAUUGAAUCUGUUGACUGUGACAUCGCCUCAAGAUCAGUCGAAGAUUACGCGUUGUUUAAUGACGGAAACUGGAGAGGCUGUGUUUAAGUUUAGGAAGGUUUUGUGUCUUCUUGAUUCUGUUGGGUUGGGUCAUGCAAGGGUCAGGAAAAAGAAGAAGAUCAUGAACUUUCAUCUUGAUUCCUCGCCUUCCCAAUCAAUGUUCUUAGAAUCUUCUUCCCCUAAUUGCAGAAUGGACCUUCUCCAGGGGAGGAAUUUGCAGAUGGGUCCUCACCCAUCUUUGGAAUUGAACUCAAAUGCCAAAAACUGUUCAAUCCAACAGAUUCAACCUCAAUCUGCUGCUGUUUAUCAUCAUCUGCUUCAGAACAGGGUGUUGUUGAAUACUCAGCAGCCUGAAAUGGGGUAUCUUAGGAGCAAUAGUGGUGUUAACUUGAAUUUUGAUAGCUCUAGCUGCACACAACACACAAUGUCAUCCACUAGGUCGUUUAUGUCUUCCUUGAGCAUUGAUGGGAGUGUGGCAAACUUGGAUGGGAGUGGCUUUCAUUUGAUCGGGACGCCUCGGUCUUCCGAUCAGAAUUCACGCCAUAAAAGGAAGUGUUGUAGGAGAGGGGAAGAUGGGAGUGUUAAAUGUGGAAGCAGUGGGAGAUGUCAUUGCUCAAAGAAGAGGAAACAUAGAGUGAAGCGGUCGAUCAAGGUGCCUGCCAUUAGUAACAAGCUUGCUGAUAUCCCUCCUGAUGAUUUCUCAUGGAGGAAAUAUGGCCAAAAGCCAAUCAAGGGCUCUCCUCACCCGAGAGGAUACUAUAAGUGCAGCAGCAUGAGAGGUUGUCCAGCAAGGAAGCAUGUCGAGCGGUGUCUCGAGGAACCUUCAAUGCUCAUCGUUACAUAUGAAGGUGAACACAACCAUCCCAGAAUAGCUUCUCAAUUCCCAAAUACUUGAACCCCAUCAAGACUACUACCCGAAAAGGAUUCGAAAACCUCCACGAAACAUAGCGGAACUCGAGAGUUGCUGUACAUAUGGAAGAAGAAUACUUAUGGAGCUCUGCAUUUUAGCUCUUUUGAGGAGGUGGGUUUACUUGCAAAACCCUGUUUUAAUCACAUCUGGCAAUUCUGAAGCUCAGAGAAUUUUGUAGAUUAGGGUGUGAAUGUAAAAUCUUGAAGAACUCUCAUCCUUCUCUACAAUUACUGCUUCGAACAGCUUUAUUAUUCUAAAUUAAUGAAGAAGUCUCAAGAGCAUUUUUCUUUA